AUGGCGAACAAGACGCGUAAACGGGAGCGCGAUGUCGACCAAGCCGAAAAGGUAGACGAGGCACCCGCAAAACGGCAUAGACCAUCCAUUCAAGACAAGGUCAAGCUCUCAAAGCUGUACGCAGACCUGGCUGCAGAAGAUGACGACGUUCGUCUUGAAGCCGCCAAGCAAAUCAUUGUAAAAUUUUCGCCUGAGAGCGAGCCGGCCGCCAAAGAUGUGGAAGAAGCCUUGGUACGGUUGAUAAAAGGUCUCUGCAGUCAACGCAAAGCCGCUAGAGUUGGAUUCUCGCUCACGCUCACCGAGUUGUUACGGCAAAUUUUCGGGGAUACGUCACACAAGAUCCAACAUCUGGAACUCGAUGUCGCAUCUGUUAUCAAAAUGGUAGAGGAGAAGACCAAGGCCAAGGGCAAUGUACCUGGAAAGGAAAAACGAGACCACACAAUUGGGAAGCUUUUCGGAUUCAAGGCCAUUAUGCAAUCAUCCAUAGUCGUUGAGCCCGAGCUUUCAUUGGAUUGCUGGAACAAGCUACUGGAUCAAGUAUAUCGCAUGGCGCGCGACAUCCCUUGGCUACGCGAAGAAUGCGGCAUGGUACUUGUCGAAGCAGUGAGAAGCCUCAAAGGCCAGCCAAAGUACCAGAAAUGUGCAGAGGAAGUACUUGAGCGUUUGAACGCGUUCAAGCUCGUUUCUACGCCUGAAGGUGUAGCUGUAUGGCUUACCGUCCAAGCGAGUUACCCAGACUCACUCCCAGAAGGCGUUUGGCACCGCAAAGAUCCUCUGGCGAAAAAAGAACGUUCCCGAUUAGCCAAGAUUUUGAAGGAGGAUUUCAACAAGGGCGAGUCAGAUGAUAGCAAGGACGAAGCCACAAAGACUGGGACUACGAACCCAAACCCCCCGUUUACUUGGGACCUAGUAUUUUCAGAGAUUCUACGUAGGGAUGAACAGAACAAGGACGAUUCCAAGAAAACAGAAUUCCCUCAGUUCUGGAUCGACACUGUCGACGGCAAUCUCUUCUCUUCUUCCGCAUCUCACGAACGCAAAGCCUGGGGCUUCAAACUGUUGAGUAGGAUGAUCGCACGUGUCCCAGAGCAGACGGUGACGGCCCUCUUCAGCCCUAACCUGAUGCGCACCCUGAUUAAUCAGAGCAAGAAAGAAGACCGAUUCCUUCACUCAGCCGCCUUGGCUGCAUUGAGUUCGGUCCAGCUUAGAGCAGAACAAGAUGACGGAACGGCCGUUAGCAUUUUUGUUGCUUUGACUUCAAAGCAUGGCAGCAUUGAAUUUGAUCGGAUCACCAAGACGAGAACGCUCGAUCAGAUUCUCGCAUCAGCAGACGACAAAAGCCUGACGAAGAUUGUGCGUCAUCUCAGCUCAUUGAUCUUGCGCCCAGAAACCGAGGAGCAGUCCGCUGCAGAUAGCCGUCGCCAGGCUAUCGCAGAUCUUCUCCUGAAUACCGUAAAGCAAUAUAAGCGAUACGAAAAGUUCAACGAAAAAGUCUUUUUGAAAGAGGUCACUCACCGACGACAAGGCCGCGCGCCAGAAGACAGAAAAUCCAACUGGCUUCGCGAGACAUUGGAAACACUGGUUGAGUGUGCCUACUUUGUCCCCGCUCAAAACGCGGAUACCAAGAAGAUGCCCCUUCCUGCUAUCAGUGAUCGCAGCCGGACCAUGUUUCAAGAGCGCCUCUCUUCUUGUUUGACCAAGUUGCUUGACGCCAAGCUUGGAGCGCGCUCUGAUGUCGCACUCAUGGUUAUAGAGAUGAUUAGAUCCAAGAGUAGCAAGUCUACAAAGUUGGAACUUGCCUUCAAGGCGGAUGCAUCAGUGCGGAGUACCAUGGAAAAGGGAUUGCAGAGCCUUGACGCGAUAUCCGCGAGCGGUUCGAUCGCUGGCAACGAGCUGGCUGCGGAAGGGUUCCUGCUCCUGUACUCACUAACACUUCUGCAAGCCUACAAUGGCGAAGGCGACGCUGUCAUGAUGCUCGAUGAUCUGGACGCGUCCUACAAAGCCUUUGAGGCUUCACGCAAGGUGUCGUCAAAGAAGAAGAAGACAUCCACCUCGGAUGGUCAGAACGCUUUCGUCGAGAUAGUGCUUUCUUUCUCGGGUAAUACACGUACUCUGUUCCGUCGCAUAGGAGAAGAAGCGUUCUCCAUCUUUGCGUCCGAGAUUACUGCCGAAGGGCUGCGUUCAUUGACUGAGAUCUUGGACACUGAAGAGAAUCUGGAAGGACAAAAGGAGCUUUUCAACCAAGAUGACGGGGAUGCCGAGGAGGGCGAUUCAGGCGAUGAUAAUGAAGACGAGUCUGACGUGGAGAUGAUUGAUAGGGAAGCGGACGAUGAUGAUGCUUCAGCCGAUUCCGAUUCCAGUGAAGACGACAGCGACGGAAGCGACGACGAAGAAGACGAAGAGGAUGCAGAGCUGACUCAGUUCAACAACAUGUUGGCUAUGACUCUCCAGACAUCAAAACCAGAUGUCAAUUGUGACGCGGCAGAGGACACGUCUGACGAGUCCGACAUGGAUGAUGAGCAGAUGAUGGCCCUCGACCCGCACCUCAGCAAGAUCUUCAAAGAGCGAAGCAAGACCACAAGCAAGAAGAAGGAACGUGAGGAUGCCAAGCAGAACGUUGUACAGUUCAAAUCAAGGGUUCUUGAUCUACUGGCCGUAUAUCUGGAAAAGCAGUACUCGAAUCCGCUUACUCUCCAUGUCCUUCUUCCAGUACUCCGCCGAACUCGUGCAAAUGCCAACAAGCAGACGGCAGACAAAGCAAGCAAGAUACUCAAGACUUUCUUGGAUACGCGCACGAAGCGAAAGGCGCCACUGCCCAAGCCGGAGAGGAUUGAGGAAGUAUGGGACUUGCUGAAAGGCAUACACGAGGAGGCUAAACUAGGAAACGGGGCAAAGGUUCAUGCAGACGCAUGUGCUUCGGCCAGUCUGCAUGUUGUCAAGGUGCUCAUUGGUCUGGACAAGGGUAACUAUGCUGGGGUGGUAGACGUGUACGCCGAGACGCAGAAGGAGUGGUUUGCAGACAAGAAAAGCCGGUUGCAGCCAGUGCUGUUCACACAGUUCCAGAACUGGUCCCUGAAUGCACGGCAGCAGGGGAAGUGA